AUGUUCCGCACGCGGCUGCUACGGACGCCCAAGCAGGCAUUGGGCCUGGGCCUGCGCGCAUCGUCUGCCAACACCAGCUUCAACACCAGCUUCAGCGCCGGCUUCAACGCUGCCCGGAGAAGCCUGCAUUCGGUGCCGGCGCUGCCUCACGACUACUCCCAGGGCGUGCCCAACCUGAUGAGCGCCGGCGGCUUCGCCAUUGCGUGGACAGACUACAUGAAGCUGAUGCUAAACAAGCUCAACGCCAUGGUUGCCGGCACCGACCUCGAAGACCGCGACAUGAAAACCAUCCUCCUCAUGACCGCCCGCGAACCCAACCAGGCCGCCAUCUUCAACUACGCCUCCAUGGCCCACAACAACCACUUCUUCUUCCAGGGCAUCGCCCCCGCCGGCACGCCCAUGCCCGAGGACCUGCGCCGCGAGCUCGAGGCCUCCUUCUCCUCCAUCGACACCCUACGCCGCGAGUUCGUCGCCACCGCCUCCGCAAUGUUCGGCCCGGGCUUCCUGUGGCUCGUCAAGGCCGGCCCCGGCGACUACCGCCUGCUGCCCACCUAUCUCGCCGGUUCACCUUACCCGGGUGCUCACUGGAGAGUGCAGUCCACGGAUAUGAACACCGUUGGCAACGAAGGAUCCGCGAGGCAGUACUACAGCAACCAGGCGCUUGGUGCGAGGAGGAGGGUGGGCGAUUUGCCCCCGGGGGGUAUUGAGCUGGAGCCGCUGCUGUGUCUUAAUACGUGGGAGCAUGCUUGGCUGCUGGAUUGGGGCGUGGGAGCUGAUGGGAAUGGUGGAAAGGCUGCAUUUGUCGAGUCUUGGUGGAAUUUGAUUGAUUGGGAAAAGGUGCACCAGAGAUCUGGCGUGGCGCGCCCCGAGUUUCUGUCAGAAACAUCUCCAUAA